AGAGAGAGAGAGAGCUAGAGAUCAUCACGAAAUGGCACGAAACACGCAAAGCUAAGGACAUGGAAUGUUAGCACGGACACGCAAACGCAGCAGCGAAUCACGAACGGUACGGUCCUUUUUAAUAUAAUCUUCUCGUUUCGGCAAAUAUAACACCGACCCAGGACGGAGAUCGAGAGGUUGAAGAUGGCUGAUGUGUGGGGUGCUUCAUCACUGCUGCAAUGGUGGGAGGAGUGGCAGCUUCGCGUCCUCGUCCUCGGUAGCCUCGGCGUGCAGUGGCUCCUCGUCGCCGGCCCCAUGCGCCGGUACGCCAUCCCGCUCUGGUUCAGAGCCUGCAUCUGGCUGGCGCGCCGCGGCAGCGACCCUCUCGCCAUCUACGUGCUCGCCGUCGUCUUCCUUCGCCACACCGGCGGCGGCAGCUGGCCGGCGCAGUGGCCUUCAAGCGGCCGCCUGCUGGAGGUGCUGUGGGCACCUGUCCUCCUCGCCCACCUCGGCGGCCGGCAGCUGGACAUGACGGCCUGCAACGUCGAACAAGACAGCAGCGACAGCGAGGUGUGGAUACGGCACGCCAUGGUCAUGGUGUCUCAGGUCGCGAUUGCCCUGUGCACCUUCCUCCAGUCGUGGCCCAGCUCCGCCGACGGGCGGCUGACGGCGUCGUGGGUUCUGCUCUUCGUCGUCGGGAUCCUCACUCUCGGCGAUAAGCCAUGGCGGGCUCUCAGGCGCCGAGCCAGCAUCGACAAGCUGGGAGCCGCAGCCGCCGUGUCGACCAGCAGCAGGCCGCCGGCGCAUGGAUAUGGAUUCCUCAAGUGCUGGAGAAGGACGCCGGCGGCGGCGGGUGUGCUGUCCGACGGGGACAAAGUCCGCAUGCUACUCUCGGACAUGUCUCUGCUUGCCGCUUCCUCCCAUCUGAAGAGACGGCGGCGGCAAGGAGAGGUUGACGUCGAGGACGAAGACGGGGUCCUGAGGCCUCCUCUGAGCCCGAACGCAGGAGCAGAGAUGAAGCCAUGGCUGCGCCGCGCAUUCGGGCUCGUCUACGCCACCCGGCUCCUCGCCACUCCGGCGUCCAUGGCCUACCACCUGCUCCUCCUCCCGUCCCUGCACGUCGCCGCCAUCGCGCUCUUCGCAACGAGCGACAAGCAACGGUACGACGCCAUGGACGUCGCCACGACGUACGUCCUUGUCGUCUUGACCGCCGCGGUCGGGCUCGACGCCCUUGCCGCGGUCGGGCUCGACGCCCUUGCCGCGGUCAUCCGCCGGCCGCUGCCCGAGCUCAUGUCCGCGGCCGGCGUCCCGGCGCUGUGCGAGACCCUCCCCCAGUACAACCUCCUGCGCUCGGCUCGCCGGAGAGUGCAGGCCGGCUGGCUGCGCAAGUGCAGACGCGGGCGCGGCGAGGGCAUGGUCAUGGUGGACGGUGACGUCGCGGGAUCCGUCAUCCUCGACGUGGCGGUAGCGCGCGCCGCCGCCGCCUCUGCCGGAGGCCUCGACCUCGCCACCUACCGGUGCUUCGGCGCCAACAACUGGAUCCUCGCCGUGGAGCUGCAACGGCGAUGCGGCGCUGGCGGCACGAUCGAGAGCAGCCUGCGCGAGCCGUUCGACGAGAGCGUCGUCGUCUGGCACGUCGCCACCGACCUCUGCUUCCGCCCGCCGGGGAACGUGGGCGUGAGGCGGCACCUGCUCACCGAAGCCAUGGAAGACGUCGAGCUCCUCGUCCGGCGGCCGGGGCUCGACGGCGCGGCCCUGCUGGCGACGACCGUCCAGGAGGCAGGCAGGUCGUCGGCGUGCCCUCUCAUCCACGACGCGUGCAGGCUCUCCGACGAGCUGAUGGGGGUGCAGCCGGAGGAGACGCGCUGGGAGGUGAUGUACCGCGUCUGGGUGGGCAUGCUCUGCUACUCCGCCGCCAUGUGCAGGGGGUGCCUGCACGCCAAGAGCCUGGACCAAGGCGGCGAGUUCCUCACCCUCGUCUGGCUCGUCCUCUCGCUCAAGGGGACCACCAAGAGCUUGGCGGACAAGCUUCAGAUGCCGGAGCUCUGA